GCUCAGUUGCUAGCACAUCUCGAUCUCACUGCCAGCUCUGUAGCUAUACACGCCCGCGCGGGCGCGCAUAUAUACGCGCCAUGGCGCCACUCCUUUUCUCCACAAACGCAGCUCUAGCAGCAGUGCAGCACACUAGCUAGCUAUAUCAAUCGAGCUCGAGCACGCACCGACAUCACCACUGAGCGCCUCCUUUCUCUCUGAGGAAUUAAGUGCGGCAUGGCGGGCUCGACGGAGGCGUUGCGGUUCACGGUGCGGAGGAAGGCGGCGGAGCUGGUGGCGCCGGCGGGGCCGACGCCGCGGGAGCUGAAGCGGCUGUCGGACAUCGACGACCAAGACGGGCUGCGGUUCCACAUCCCCGUCAUCCAGUUCUACCGCCGCCAGGCCUCCAUGGCUGGCAGGAACCCCGCAGCCGUGGUCCGUGAAGCCGUGUCCAGGGCGCUGGUGCCCUACUACCCGUUCGCGGGCCGGCUCCGGGAGCUCGAGGCGCGGAAGCUCGCCGUCGACUGCACGGGCGAGGGCGUCCUGUUCACCGAGGCCGACGCCGACGUCAGGCUGGAGCAUUUCGGGGACGCCCUCCAGCCCCCCUUCCCCGGCCUCGACGAGCUCAUCUUCGACGUCCCCGGCUCCUCCCAAGUCCUCGGCACCCCUCUCCUCCUCUUCCAGGUGACGCGACUGGCGUGCGGCGGGUUCAUCCUGGGGGUGCGGCUGAUGCACACGAUGGCGGACGCGCAGGGGCUGGUGCAGUUCCUGGGCGCCGUGGCGGAGAUGGCGCGUGGCAUGGCAACGCCGACGGUGAAGCCCGUGUGGGAGCGCUCCCUGCUGGAGGCGCGCGACCCGCCGCGCCCCGGGUACGCGCACCGCGAGUACGACGAGGUGCCGGACACCAACGGCACCAUCGUGCCGCUGGACGACAUGGCGCACCGCUCCCUCUUCUUCGGCGCCGGGGAGGUCGCCGCCAUCCGCUCCCACCUCCCGCCUCCCCUCCGGUCCCGCGCCACCACCUUCGAGGUCCUCACGGGCUGCCUCUGGCGAUGCCGCACGUCCGCCCUGGCCCCCGACGCCGACGAGGAGAUGCGCAUGAUCUGCAUCGUCAACGCCCGCGGCAACGCCAAUAAGAACGGCAAGAGCGCGAUCCCGAGCGGGUACUACGGCAACGCGUUCGCGUUCCCGGUGGCGGUGGCGAGGGCCGGGGAGCUGUGCGCGAGGCCCCUGGCCCACGCCGUGGAGCUUGUGAGGCGGGCCAAGUCCGAGGUGGACGUGGAGUACAUGCGGUCCGUGGCCGACCUCAUGGUCCAGCGCGGGCGGCCGCACUUCACCGUGGUCCGGGCCUACCUGGCGUCGGACGUGACCAAGGCCGGGUUCGGGGACCUGGACUUUGGGUGGGGCAGGCCCGUGUACGGCGGGCCGGCCAAGGGGGGCGUGGGCGCCAUCCCUGGCGUGGCCAGCUUCCUCAUCCCGUUCAAGAACGGCAAGGGCGAGGACGGCAUCGUGGUGCCCAUGUGCCUGCCCGGACCCGCCAUGGACAAGUUCGUGGUGGAGAUGGCCAGGCUGCUGCGCCCGGCCACCGCCGUCGACGUCGUCCACGACGCCAUCAGAUCUGCGCUCUGAAUAUAGUUUUAUUACUGUACUACGUCGUGUCGCGUCGCGUGGUUUGUUGGAUGGUGUGCGUAAGUGCGUGUGGUGGGCUGGUGGGGGAGAGCUCUGCUCAGCCCGUCAGCCGUGGUGAUUUGGACGUGGAGUGAAGUGGAGAAAGGCUCGUUGGACGCAUCGCCGGCGGGCGGGCGGGUGGGCGUGCAUGAGUUGUAGUAUGUGUAUGCGUUUGAAUAACUCCCAAUUCAAUGUAUUGCCAUACUUUUCGAAAUGAAAUGCUUCUGCUGUCCUGUGC